AUGAAAAAGAGCAUUUAUCACUCACUCAAAAACCAGCAGCAUCCACUACUUCUGCGAAGACCCUUACCUCCAAAGCUCCCUAAAGUACCUUUAUUAAAAAAGAAAGUUCGUAUAGUACAUACAGUUAAGGCUAGAGAACCGAAGGAAGAGACCUGUGGAAAGUUCGAUCCCGAUGAAAGCGCUUUAGUGAAAAUCGAUCAAAAUGUUUCUCAAUCACAAAGACCUACCAGCACUCAAACCGUCUGUCUUGAUUAUGACCGUAAGGCACUCGAAAGAAUGGUUAACAUUUUUCCACAUCAACACCGUGUUCGCCGUUUUCAUUGGAAGGUCCCAAAGAGCGCCACUGGCUCCAUGUUCAUUCCAAGAUGUCUGUCAGCGUCUUCCAGAGUUUUUAGGAAUACGCUAUGCCAAAUGAAAAAAAGAGCCAAGAAGUCCUCGAAAAAGGAAAGCAAAGAAGAUGGGUUUCUCAGUAAAAAGACAUUUAACAACACUUUAGUCCUUUCCAAGGAGUUUCCCAAACCUUCACCCACUUCUUACUCUAGAUAUAUAGGUUCUAAGUUUAAGCCAUCAGGUACCCAGUUUCACCCUGCACCAAAGACUUCAGGCUACAUUCAAGAACUUCCUCUUCUCAGAGAUGUGAAGAGAACAACACUCAGCCCUAUAUCUAGCGUUUCAUCUGUAAUACCAGAACCACAGUGGUCUGAACGACCACACCCUAUGGCAGCCCCAAGUAAAGUGGUAUUGAACACUGGUUCACUCCCACCAGCCCGUUCUCUGCCAACGCCUGUUUUGCCAAGAAAACCUCCAAGACAGACUAUGAUAGAAAAUGCUGCUGCUGCUGCUGCAGCAGCAGCAGCAGCAGCCGCCACCACCACCACCGCCACCACCUCAGUAGUGAGUGGAAAAACAGAAGCCCACAAACCACCUGAAACUGUUCGGAGAACCACUCGAACAAUAGACCCAGAUGCCGCGCAUGUCUUACGAGGGGAAGGCUUUAAGGCUGUUGCAGCAACACGCUCUGAAACAAUACUGGCGCUGACCACCCUGGCCAUAAUAAAUUGCCAAAUAUAUGGAAGAAAUGCACUUAAUCUUAAGGGAUUCUUUCUAUCGAACUGUCCAGACUUAACACCUGUGACUUUUCAAUUGAUAUACCUUAAUUUAUCAUUUAAUGACUUAAACCAAUUUCCUGUAGAAAUACUUUAUCUUCAAAACCUACAAGUACUGAAAUUGAGAAAUAAUCCUAUCAAAGAAAUUCCUUCUGAAAUCCAUCUAUUGACAUACCUUAGGAUUUUCUCCAUUGCCUUUAAUUAUAUUACAGAGCUUCCUGCUGGGUUAUUUUGCCUGAACUAUCUUGAGGAGCUCGAUAUUUCCUACAAUGAAAUUGAAAAUAUUUCAAAUGAAAUCCAGAAACUCAGAUCACUUGAAAAACUGAUUGUUGAUGGGAAUCCCAUAACGUCUUUUCCACCUGGGAUUUUGAAGCUUGACUUGAUCAAAUUUCAAAUUGAAAAUACAUUCACUGGUUCUCAGUUUUGGUUAGAGAAUUCCUGUAAUGACCCCCAACAACUUACUCAAAUUUGUUCCUUGUUCAUUGUUAAAAAUAAUCUACAUAAAGUAUUUGAUUGCAUCCCAGUUGCAGUUCAAAAGCAUCUUAAAAGCACAUCUGACUGUGAUUGGUGCCAUGGUCCCAAGUUUGGUGACGGUUUCCGCAUCAUCCGAUCCUGUGAUAUCUUCGGAGUAUCACAUGUCCCCAUUUUGUUCCAUGUCUGCUCCUCUUCCUGCUAUCUGGACAUCAGGGAAAGCAGCUUUGUUUUAGAAGGUUUCCCUAGUAAAAGAAUAGCUCUACAUAUGGACUGGGUAAAAGAGAACAAAGUCAGCAAUGUCUCGUUCUAUUUGUAA